AGUUUCUGAAGAACGUGUUACUUCCCCUUUAAACUCGGAGCCGGUCGUGUGUGUGUAUGUGUGUGAGUGUGAGUGUGUGUCUCCUCCUCUUUGAGUGACACAGCACUUAGAUAUGCCUAUCAGUAACUUAAACCCCACAAACUCCACCUUCUAAGUGAGGAAGCUGUGGGUUGAUGGAAAUGUAGUGAGCAGAUUGAGACAGACAGUGAAUCAUUAGCAAACUGCAACGCCAGGAUGAACUUGUCUGGAACCUAAAAGGAGAAAACAGCCGGAGAGUCCUUCGCGGUGCUGGUUUUUGCUCAAUACAGCCAAAGUGGAUCUAAAAGCCGGUUGAUCCCCAGUCCAAGAUGCUGCUGGUUUCCCAGCGGGUAGAAGCACCACGUAUGGAGCCUCAUAUUCCAUUACAGGGAUCCAUUAAAAGGAAACUGGAAGAUGACAGCUCUCCUGCCUCCAGCAGUGUGCCUGAUGUCAUUUUCCCAAAUGACAGUAAAAGACUUUGUCUUGAUGAUGUAAACCUUGCCAUGGGCCAAGGUGCCAAUCCGAAUGUGGCGUGUCCAGAAAUGCAAAGUUCUUCAUUCUCCACUGGUCACAGUGCUUCCUCCCUGGGAGUCGCAGGUCAUCCAGUGCUCCUCGAAAACAAUCACAUAAAUGGUGGUGGCAUUAGUUCCCCAUUUUCAGUGCCACCCAACACCGAAAUAAAUCAGAAGGGAUCAAUAGGAGCGCAAAACAAUAACAUUGUCCACUAUGAUGAGAAAGGAAACAGCUUGCAGUCUGUGGACCAAGAGCUGCAAGAUCUAUUGGAAGAGCUGACAAAAAUGCCUGAUCCUUCUCCCAAUGACCUGGACCUGGAGAAGAUUUUGUGCAGCAAGGCUGAAGAGCCACUUGGGCUGAAUCAUUCUCAACCAAGCAUAAGUACCACUCCAAAGUCCUCCCCACAGACCUCCCACUUGGAGAACCAUGUUGCUAACAAAGAUUUUUCUCCGGGUUGCAAUCCGACCAGUGGAGGAUCUCCUCAGAUGAGACCAUCAUCUGCUGGAGCCAACUUCCAAGUUCCUUCUUCAAACAAACCUGUUGCAUCGCCCAUCUCUACAGCAGCUCAGAGCAAGAACCAGCCACCACCUAUGCUUCCAGUACCCUUACCCAACCUACCUGGCUCCAACUGGCAUGCUCAGCAGCUAAAGCAGCUGGCAGCUAGCAAGCAGGUGUCUACUACUAAGCAACAAGUACAGCCUCCUAGCUGGCCAACUAUGUCUCCUCCUGGUCUCUCUCCACCUUACAGGGCAGGAUCCUCCCCACACCAUCAACCUUUCAGUCCUCAAAAUGUAAUGGUGUCUGGCAUGCCUGCUAAUAAUCUACAAGGAAACAGCAUUCAGAGUCCUCAAAACACCCUGCUUUCAAGCAUGACUUCCAGCAGCACCCCAUCCAGUGGCCCCUCUCCUCCCUAUGGGUCUGAAAAGCUCUCCAGCCCGGCUCUGAACCAGCAGCCCUUCAGCCCACAGAGCUCCAUGCUGCCCACCCUGACAGCAGCCAGCUUACCAGCCAACAAUAUUAAAAGUCCACAGAACAACUUGGUUGCCAGCAUGGCCUCCACAAAUACUGGACCUUCUCCACCAUACAGGCCAGAAAAACUGUCAAGCCCAGCUCUCCAUCAGCAGCCCUUCAGUCCCCAAGGUACAUUAAUCUCUAACAUCACUCCCACCAGCAACCCCACGAACAUGCAGAGCUCACUUUUUAAAUCAAUGACUACAAACCAGUCCAAAAAUAUGAACAUAAUUAUGCAACAGCCAUCCACUACCUUGCAGCCAGGUCUGGUGGCUGACAGCCCUGUUAGCCAAGACCAGUUUUCUUUCAAUAACACCAAACCACUGUCUCACUUUGCCUCAGAGUCAGCUACUCAAAAGAUACCACCUCUGACAGCAGGACAAGGGCAGCAGUCCCUCAUUCACUAUCUCCAGCAGCAACAGCCGCAGCAGCAGCAGCCAUCUCCAGCUGCACAGCCACCCCAGCAGACUAACAACAGCCAGUUUCUGCAGCAGCAGUUUCGGCAGCUGAUGCAGCCACAUCGGAUGCAGAGGCACAUGCAGCCUGCCACGUUGCCAUCCCAGAGCAGACAGGAUCAAAAUCCAGGAAUUGUUGCCAGACUUCAGGAGCCGGGCUCCAUCCCAAGCGGAGGCUCUGUGCCGGCACCAGCCACGGUGAAUGGGUACACGAUGAGGAACCAUUUACUGAAGCAGCAAAUAAUGAAACGACAGCUGAUGCAGGAAAAGCAGAGACAAAAUAUGCUGGGAGGAACAUCUGAGCAGAGGAGUUUAUUUGCAGCUCAGCAGAUAAAUCAGUUUCAAGCUGUGCAGCAGCCCAUUCCCACUGACUGCAGCCAGGUGAUGCCAGCUCCUCCGCCCAACCACCGCAUGCUGCCAUCUAACCCAGCCAUGCUCCAGAGCACCUUGGGCUCUGGCAUGGCCCCAGCCACCGCCAGCCAGAGCAGCGGGACAAUGGUGAUGAUUCCACACAACCCUGGCAAGCAGCAGGGGAUUUUUCCACCUAAUUCUGACUUUAACAUCCCACUGCGGCCGAGCCAGAACUCACUGGGCAUGAACUCGGGUUGUCAAACAGUACACAACCACUCUGCUGUGCGGCCAGGAAUGCCGAUGGCAGGUUUCAGUUCUGGUUCCUUAGCAAAUCACUCUGCAACUCAGCAACACUUGAGGCAGCCGGGUAUGCCAAGGGUCCCUAACGUCUACCCCAACUCAUCUGCCCAGAUGUGGACACCGACCACUGUGCCAAGAAUGCCAAAUCAAAGCCAAAUGGAUACCAGCAUGCAGCAGUUCUCCAGUAACACUCUCUUUUCCAAACAGAACGUGAGGCCAAGCGCAGCGGGUCAGCAGUUCUCCCAGCAGGCUGUAGUGCCACCUAAUCAGAUCGCUCCCAGCGUCCAGGUCAGACACAUGCAAAAACUGAGCAUGGGCCAGCCUGGCCAGGGCUUGAGCUCAAUGAGUAAUCAGACCUUGAGACACAAUUUAACCAGAGGACCGCUGCCAGCUAUGAAUGUUAUGAAAUCAAUGCCACAAGGAGUGUCUAGUUUUAACCAGCUCAAUCCUGCCCCGGGCCUUGGCCCAGCAAGCUACUCUUCCUCAGGCCAGCCACCCGAUGCCUUCAACAGGCUGAGUGCUACCGCCGAGCUGCCACAGUACGACUUUGUGUCUCAGCACAGCAACUCCAUCAUGCCCACCAACUGCAGUGACACUGACUUCCUUGACUCUCUCAUGAAGAACAGCAGCAGCAGCAAUGAUGAAGAGUGGUUGAACAAUCUGACAAUGAUAGAUGACAUUUUGGGACAGCACUCUCAAAGCUCUGGACAUGUUUAGCUCGGAGAAGAGCAGUCUCUUUGUAAAUAACAUACGUAUGGCUUUUGAACAGAAUAGACAGCCUGGGAAAGCCAGCGCCUCUUUCAAUACAAAAUGAAUAGACUCAGCCAAUUCUUUGCCUGCAUCAAAGUUUAAUGUUGGCAGUUUUUCAGAUGACUGUAUAUAUUUGAAUAUUUUGUAAAUUAUGUUUUCCUAAACCUUAAAUGUAGAAGUAUUUAUACUUCUUUGCUGGACUCUUUGUAAAUAAAUCUAUAGCGUAACUUUUGAUUUUAUUAUAGGGAUUUCAUUAUACCUUGUUAUAAAUAUGCAAAUAAUAUUGUUAGUUUCAGUAAUACUGUGUAUUACAGCAUAAACUUAUGUUUUUGACAUAACUUAACACAUGAACUAGGGGUGUCAUUGCAGCCAGACUAAGCAGAAAUCAAACGUGGCAUCUGUUCUCCCAUAUCACGAGGAAAGAUUGAAAAGUUGCAUUAAAGAACACAUAAAAUCCAUAAGAAGAGACUCAUAGCUCAGGCUUGCAGCCCAGUCCUGGUAUGUAGGUCCUAUCUGGGCUCCCAGUGCAUUGCCUGCAGAGAUCCUGGACACGUUAUCAGCUCAAUACACUCCAGUAGGUCAAUCUGACGCUGACAACGUGCUGUCAUUGUCCUGCAGUGAGUGUGUGCUUGUGAUGUUCCCGCUGCUGAAAGGUGUGUGCACGCAUGGCGAGGAGGUACUGUGCUCCAAGGUGGGCUAUACCGGAGAGGAGGCACAGGGCAGGCACUGUCUGCCCUCCCUGGUGGAAAGGUAGCUCUGGUUUGCACACCUCUGCCAUGUAUAUUUGUAGUGUACAGGUGAUUUGUUCCUGGUUUUAAGGCUUUUCAUAAUUUCUGUUUUAAUGUGAGACUUCUCUUUUUUUUUUUUUCAGAGGAAAAGUCUAUAAACAUUAAUAGUUAAUUUUUGAUGUUUUUUCAGUCAGCUACUAUUGUCCUAUGUAUAUUUAAGAGUCCGUUUAUAAAAGAUUCACUGUACUGUAAACUUCUUAAAAUGACUUUGUGUAAUCAUAUUUUAAUAGUCACAUCAUACUUCGCAAUACAUUUGUAAUAUUACGUCAGCUUCAAGCACAGAAUGUUUUUUUUUCUUCAUACCAUAAUAAACUGCCAGGGGAAAAUUGCAUAUA